AUGAAUUGUGUUGUUUCGACGUUUCUUUUGGACAUAUUUGAACAAAGCGAGCCAAACCUUGAAAAAUUCAAAGGUAACUUGCCCUAUAAAUGCAUGGUGUUUGAAGUCUUGUGCAACUCAGUCGAUGUUAAGUCACUUGACUUUUCGGAGAUUGUUGAGUUUGGUACAAUGCUACUGUAUACUGAAACACUCAUGCUUUCGAGUUUGAUAAAAAUCUAUCAGAAGAAGAAGAAGCAAGAUGCCUCUUCUGAGAGCAUCCAUCAAAUAUCAGACAGGGCCAGAGCUGUUUUACUUCAAAUGGACAGUCAGGCAUCGUUUUUGUCGAAGAAAUGCCCGGACCUGUCAACAAAUACAAUAAGGUUGGGUAUUAGUUGUAUGAAAGAGAGAAAAGUGGAAGAAUGGCCCAGAUAUCACCUCAAAUUAAGUGCUGCUAUCCACAAACUUGUAUCCAUAACAAUUCCGAUUGAACGAGAGUCGUCAAAUGAAGCACCUUGUACAAAGACUAUACCGUUUAGUAUGUUAUUUUCGCAGCUCUCAGAGUUCGCUUUGCAUAAGAAUUCAGAUGAUCAUCCUUCUUUAUGGGUCGAUGAUGCAGCGGUGCGAUCACGUGUGAGUGACUUGUACCUCUGCAUUCGGGUAUGUUCGAAUUGUAACGUUGGACGAAGUUACAGGUGGCAAGUUAAACAUUGCGGGCGUAAUGGCAAUGAACAUCACCUGGUGGAUGAGGAAAAAAUGGUUACGUCUUGGCAAAUUGCGUUAAACUUUUUCCACCUUCCCUUAUCCAUCGCUACUCAAACAGAUGCGGCAAUACAGCUCGAAUGUCUCCCCCAAUCUACUCCGAAUAAAAGUCGUCCCCAAGUGAAAAGGCUGCUACCGGGUGUCAACACAAACUUCCUAGACGGUCUUUCCACUCCACCCGAUACACCUGGGAAAUCACCGAAACCUAAAGUGCCCAAGAAGGCCCGGAAUCUGAGCCUCACAUUGCCGAGCUGUGACGAAAAUGACGCAGCAUCAACGGCGACGGACUGCGUGGCCCGCCGUCGAAAGCCCUGGACACUCUCGGAGACACUGGCUCUGUGGCACGAGGUGCAAAUCGCCCUCCCCGGCCCGCCCUCUUGGGCGAAAAUACGCGACAAGGUCUUCACCUCCUCUCGGCGCACAAAUGUCGACCUGAAGGACAGGUGGCGAGUAAUUCUGCGGGACCCCUCUCUGCAGAUGAAUAUCCGCCAGUACUACGAAAAGUGGCUAGCUAGUAAGAAACCGACCUAG